AUGUCCAAAUCCAAGUCCAAGUCCGCGCCUGCCGCCAAGGCACCCAAAUCUGAUGUUUUGACCAAGGUCAAAGGCAGUGCUGUGACAAAGCCUGCGCAGAGCAUCAAGAGCAAAAGCAAGGAAGUAGCAAAGAAGGUCGCUGCAAAGGAAGAGAAGAAACCGAAGAAGGUGCCUGUCAAGGAACCAACUCCGGAAUCCAGCUCCGAGGAGGAGUCCGGCUCGUCUUCCGAGAGCGACAGCGAAGAAGUCGAGACGAAGAAUGUCAAGGCAGUCAAACCUGCGGCCAAGGAUGCGUCAAGCGACGAUUCCAGCGACGAAUCCGAGUCUGAUGAAUCCGAGUCUGAUGAAUCCGCCUCCGAGGCCGAAGCUCCAAAACUGAACGGGGCCGGAAAGAAAGCUGCUGCCAAGGUCGCGUCCGACGCAUCUGACAGCGAGGAUUCGGAAUCUGAGGAUGAGACCAUGGAAGAUGCCAAGGCCGCGUCGUCAGAGGAGGAUGACGACAGCUCUGACGAGUCCGGCAGUGACGAAGAAGCUGCUCCCAAGACUAACGGUGCCAAACCCGCCGCUGAUGCCGACAGUGAUGAGGCCAGCGACAGCGACAGCAGCGAAGACAGUGAUGAAUCGUCGGAUGAGAAAGAGGUCGAGGCCAAGCCGAAAUCCGCGAAGCGCAAGGCUGAACAGGAAGAAGCGCCGGCAGCCAAGAAGAACAAGGUCGCUGACGUCGACACGUCCAAGGGCGCCAAUCUCUUCGUGGGCAACCUUUCAUGGAACAUCGACGAAAACUGGCUGCGAUCAGAGUUCGAGGAGUUCGGCGAGCUGAGUGGUGUACGCUUAAUGACUGAUCGUGAAACCGGAAGAUCGAAAGGCUUCGGAUACAUUGAAUUUGUGAAUGCCGCCGAUGCUGCUAAAGCUCAUGCCGCGAAGCAAGGAGCCGAGCUUGACGGCCGACCGUUGAAUGUCGACUUUGCCAACGCUCGUACCAACACCGCCGGUGGUGACAAGCCGGACAAUCGUCGCAAGUCCUACGGAGAUCAACUUGGUGAGCCUACCGAGACAUUGUUCCUCGGCAACCUUUCCUUCGACUGCACCCAGGAAGACAUUUCCGACGCUUUCAACCCUCAUGGAACCGUCAUGGGCGUCCGGCUGCCAACCGAUAGAGAGACAGGCAAUCCCAAGGGCUUUGGCUAUGUGACCUUUGGCUCUGUGGAGGAAGCCAAGGCUGCUCUUGAAGCUAUGCAGGGUGGAUACAUCAAGAACCGCCCGGUUCGUCUGGAUUACAGCCAACCACGCCCGCAGAACGGCGAUUCUCCAGCACGCGGCGGCUUUGGUGGACGUGGUGGCGGACGCGGCGGCUUUGGAGCACGUGGUGGCGGACGCGGCGGCUUUGGAGCACGUGGUGGUGGACGAGGAGGUGGUCGUGGCGGUCGUGGUGCCUCAACAAACCGUGGCGGCUUUGGCGACUACUCCGGAAGGAAGACCACAUUCUAG